UAAACAUUCAGAGUGUCCGCUUCAUUGCAACAGUGCAGAAAUUUUCCGAGCAGUAGUAACUAGAAUGUUGCACGGGUAGUUUCCCAAGUACGGUUUCGAGAGGAAAAGAGCUUUCCAUCCAAAAUGAAUAAAGCAGUGACUCUAUUCGUUAUUCCGUUCAUUCUUGUCCAAGUUCGGAGUGCCACGAUUCCAGCAAAUGUGGUCCAGGAUGGAGGUGAAGGAUUAGAGGAUUUGUCACCGAGGCCGAAAAGAAUGGACGAAUCGACUAGGAAUUUGCUAAUCGCAGGGAAGAAAAUCGAAGAACUCGAAAUUGGCCGGCAGCGGAGAUUCCAUCGACUGAACGAACAGCCAGAACCCUCCAAUCCAUCCAGAAAAACAAAAAGAUGUCCAAGAUUCUACCUCGCCGACAACCCAAACUUCCAAAACACCCUAGUAGGCGUAAGUUUGAAGAGAAACCUGGAAAAGCUGUGCGACCAGUGCAAGAAAUUACCGAUAUGUCAGGGAAGGGACGAUUGCCCACGUUGCGACAAGUAUUGCCAACAUUACGACAAGGAACCGAGGGAAGAAGUGGCAGGGGAGCCCGAGAAUGAUAUUAUGCGGAAGGAGGCAGAGAAAGACAUGACUUUGAUUUCUAGAUUUUCCGACAGCAACGCAAUGCCAAACGAAAUGACUGCAGAAGUGAAGGGGGGAGACCGUCUGCUGAUGGUUCACAACCCUAUGGCUGAAGUGGGGGAGAAGAGCAAUAUUGUGGGCGGCAAUCGCGAUCCUAAGAUCAGCAAAGAAUUCCUGCCGAACCAGAAUCAGCAAGACGGUAAAUACUACACUGUCGGUGUCAUCAAACCAGGCCUUUUGAUGAACAUCAUGCUAAAGCUGAUCAACAUUAAACAAACAAACGAUAUGGAAAAAGCCAUAAUUUUGGUGAAAUCGAAAAAGGCACUUCCUCUAACUGCGGGCAUAGUAGAAAAAAUCGACGUAGAAUUCCUGACUAUGUUAGGUAGGGAGCUAGAAACCGCAGAAAAAAUUCACGGAGGAUCUCCACUGGACGCUAAAGAUAUAAACAAAAUCCUGGAAACUGCUUACGAAAAGGCUGAAUUCAAAUCUAAAAGUGAAGCUCAAAUCGUGAGCGAAUCAGAUGAUGACUCAAUUCCAAAUAUAGCCCAUGAACAAAUAACACGUUUCGAUGAUAAAAUAGUAUCUUCUCCGAAUAAGAUGGAACCAAAUCUACUCCAUGAUUUGGUAGAACAAAAUAGUGAAGAUCGUCUUUCUGAUAAUUCUGGUGGAAUGCAAAAAAAUUCAAACAUGAGAAUCAGCAACGAUGAACAAAGCGAGAAUAUGGAGAUGAAUUCUCAAGACAAAAAAGACAACCCUCCAGUAGCAAUGAGCUAUGUUGGAAAUGCAAGAACCGAAUUAUCAAAGGAUAGUGACAUGAAAUCACAAGAUGGCAUGAUGGAACCAGAGAUGAAAGAAAAUCUCGAAACUAAAUUGGAAAGAAAGCCAGAAGACUCUAUGGAAAUGGAUGCAGAUAGUGACGACUCUAUGGAAGAAAAUGAAAAGGCAAGAACCUUCCAUCUCAAGAAAUAUAAGCUGAAAAAGAAAAAAGGAUACGUACAUUCAUACGGCAACUCUUAUGGAUAUAAUUACCACCACGAACCUUACGGAUACAUGAGAUCUAAUGAGCAACAACCUUCUCCUCAAAUUAAUCAGGAAAAUGUUGAUGCUUUAACUGGUUCCAUACAAGAAGGUCUAAGACCACUCAAUGAAGAUAGAAUUGGCGCUAAAGAUGAUUUCCAAAGACCCCAAAAAGGACUCAUAUACAAAGGACAAGGAGGCCAGAAAGAUUUACCCAAGUCUCAAAAACUAAGAAAUGAUGAAUCUUCGAUUAGAGACAACCAAGAGAAUUUGGACUCACUCGAUUCAGCAAAUAAUAACCAAGAGAUUAUGAUGAACUCUGAUUUAAGGGCGAGAAACAAGGAUGCUGCCUACCGCAGCAGUGAUCAAAUUGCUCAGAUAAAUCUUUCUGAGCAAAAUAAAAAGUUGGACCCUAAGAAAGUGGCUAUUGCGCAACCGAGCGCCGACUCUCAUGAUGGAAUGCCGAAUCCUUUCCAUACCAGAAUACACGCCCAUUUCAAUAAAGUACAAGACUAUUUCAACAAACAUCCAUCUUCAGAAACAUCUGAACCAACUGUAGGAAUCUCAGAAUCCGAAAAUCAACAAGAAGAAAGUUCUCCAAAUGUUCAGAUCAAAACAAGAAAUAACGAAGAAGCAAAUUUAAAAACGGAAAGUUUGCAAUUGGCUGAAAGCCGUGAAGCACAAGAAGACACGUCGAGACUGGGAAUGUCUGCACUGAAAGAAGAGUCCAUUGAUGACAUGUCAAAAGUAGGAAUCAACUUCCAACCUGAAGAUCUAAUAAACUUACAAAUGCCAAAAGGAAAUGAAAUGAAAGAUGAGAACAUGGAUGAUAUGCCAAAAGUGGGAAUGAGCAUUCCAACUGGAGAUUUGAUAAUCUUACAGAAAAAACAUGAAAAUCUAAAUAAAGAUGAUAUGAACUCUGAAAUGUCUACUGAUCUAACUAGAACCGAUGGAAGCUUACCAAUGGCUAAAGCGAAAUCUUCAGAAAACUUUGAUAGUACCUCGAACAACAUUGAUGUGUCUAGCGAUCUCAAAGAUCAACAAAAUCAGCCUCAAUUCAUUAUUGACGAGAAAGAUUUACCUGGACAAACUGUUAUCCAAGUAGAUGACCAAUUGAUAGAUGUGCCUAAAGAAGGAAAGUCAAUUUUCCAAGUGAACAGUCAACCUGUGUCUGUCUCGACAAAUGAGAAUAACCAGGAGACCGAAAACUUCUUCAUAAAUCAACCUAGAGAAAUAGGGGUUGGAGAAAAUGUCGGUGCCAUGAACACUUUACCCUCGGAAAAUCUUAAAAUAAACCCACAAAUAAUGACAGAUGAAUCUGGCCAAAACAUGGGUAUAGCAAACAAACAGGGAGAAGAUAUGGAACGUUCUUCUGCAAAAGAUCAAUUAACUGAUGAACCAUUCCCAACUCCCAAAAACAGUCCAAUCAGGAAACAUUCAUCGGCGCCUGCUUACGGUGGUUCAAGAUCUCCAAAAGUGAUACAAGUUGGUUCUAAACUACCAUCUUCAUUGAAUAAACUUGAGGAAAUGACUGAAACUUCUACUCAAAAUCUCAAUGAGGUUGUUGGACAGAAACGUACUGAAUAUGAAAAUGCCAUUGAGGAAAAAAUUGAAAAGCUAAUCACUCCUAGAGAACAAGAAUUCCUUCAUAAUUUUGGAAAGAUAGUACCCUCCAUUGAGAAGAUGCACCUUAAUUCCAAAUCGGACAUAUACUUUAUGGGAAACGGUAUCAAACUGCCAUUGAAGAUGGUUCCAAAUAAAGAUGGCUCAAUUUCCCUCUCAGUAGAUUUGGAAAAACUUUGCAAAUGUAGAAAUUCCACGUGUGCUCACAAAAUGGACAUGAUCAAUAAACUAGAUGGAAAUUUGAUGGACUUAUCGAAUGAUCUGAAUAAUGCCCAGAAUUCUGAUACAGAAAAACAUAUAAAUGAUUUGCCCUAUAUGGAAAAUACCACAGAGAAAAAAAUUAGAAAACCAAGGAAUCACGGUGAUUUAUCUAAAUUGUACAAAAAUUAUAGAAAGAAAUAUCACAGGUUGCAUAGGCGUUCCGUUCCUGAUGAAUAUUUUAGUAGAUUCAAAGAAAUUGAACAAGGUUUAGAGAAGAAACUGAAUGAACUCAACGAGAAUGUGAAAAAGUCUAAUAGAGAAUAUGAUAAUAUGUUGCAAAAAGGAACCAAGGACUUAUUACAAAUCAAAAAUGAAGAUCAACUAAUAAAACAACGGAUAGAAUUGGUAAAUGAUCUUAUAAAAUGGAUGAAGGAGAUGGCAUCUGAAGUAUCAAAUGUAGGCGACAAAAAAUCUAACGAAAAACAUUUACAUAUUUUAUCUUCUUAGAAGUUUGUAUACUUAUAAUGUAUUUAUAAUAAUAUUGUAGGAUAUAAUUUUUCAUAUUUUGUAUUUCUCUUUUUUGAACAUUAAAAUUCAUAAAAAUUA